AAAAGCUACUGGAUUGCAGUAAUUUGAGUAAAUGUAUAUUUUCUUUCCACUGCUGAUCAUAUGUUAUGAUAUUGCUUAAACUGUCAGGUCAAAUGAAGCCAAACUUUUACUCGAAUGAAGAGCCGUUUUGGGAGCCGAAGAGUUGGCUUUUCAAAUGAACCGGACCACUGAAAAGAGUCAUAAUCUCCAUCACCACUGUAGAGGGCAGCAGCGCGCCUUGGUUGCGUCUGGUCUGCUGGAAAUUUAGAGACGAGGAAGAAGCAGGGGAAACGCCAUUCUCGUCACAGUCGAUGGAAAACACAAAGGAACUUUACAGCUGAGUAAAGAGCCAGAAUGUUUUCUUUGGAUCGGUUCAGAGAUGUCAACGAGCGACCAACUGCUGCAGCUGAGGAAAUAUGUGACGAUGCUACAAGAGCUGCCGUCGAGGACGAGGCAGAGAUCGACCGUCAGCGCAGAAUGCUGGAUAUCGUUUGGAAGCCUCACAUCCUCUUAUACAGAAUAGACGUCCCACAGCAACAUGUGUGUAAGGAGCAGGAGGAUGAGCAGCAGCUCUGUCACCAGGAGAGGAAGUCCAGUCUGGACCAGGAGGAGCCAGAGCCUCCGCAGAUGAAAGAGGAGCAGGAGGGAGAGUGGAUCAAACAGGAGGAGACUGACACAUCAGCUUGGAAUCUUUACAUUCUUACUCACACUGACAUCCCACAGCAACAUGUGUGUAAGGAAGAGGAGGAUGAGUGGCAGCUCUGUCACCAGGAGAGGAAGUCCAGUCUGGACCAGGAGGAGCCAGAGCCUCCACAGAUGAAAGAGGAGCAGGAGGGAGAGUGGAUCAAACAAGAGGAGACGGAAAUAUUGAUAAUGACUCCUACUCAGGAGGAAGACGUCCCACAGCAACAUGUGUGUAAGGAGGAGGAGGAUGAACAGCAGCUCUGUCACCAGGAGAGGAAGUCCAGUCUGGACCAGGAGGAGCCAGAGACUCCACAGAUGAAAGAGGAGCAGGAGGGAGAGCAGCUCAAAGAGGAGGAGACUGACACGUUGAUGUUGACUCCUACUCAGGAGGAAAGUGAGCACAGAGAAGCAGAUGGACAACAUGAACACCAGCUCCUUUCUCACAACUCUCAUGUUGCUGAGAAUCAAGAUCCCAAAGAGAACAAGCAGAAAGACUCAGAGAUAACUGGAAAAUCAAAACAUAGACAAGAGAGAGACAGAAAACACACAGGGGAGAGUCUGUAUUCAUGUGAAGUGUGUGGAAAAGGAUUUAAACAUAGAAAGAAUUUGAAACAACACAUGAUGACACACACAGGUGAGAGGCUGUAUUCAUGUAGAGAAUGUGGAAAAGGAUUUAGACAUAAACCUAAUUUGAAACAACACAUGAGAAUACACACAGGUGAGAAGCCUUACUUAUGCACCACCUGUGGAAAAAGAUUCAGUUGGAAAUCAGGUCUGAAUCUUCACGUUCUUACUCACACAGGUACAAAGCCGCAUACCUGUGGUACCUGUGGAGGAUCAUUCACAAAUGCAAGGUCUCUGGGCAGGCACAUAAAGAUCCAUACAGAUGAAAAACCACACACCUGUACAAUGUGCAACAAAUCUUAUAGACAUAAAAGUAAUUUGACAGUCCACAUGUUAACACACACUGGUGAGAAGCCUUUCUCCUGCAGCACCUGUGGAAAAAGAUUCAGUCAGAAAUCAAAUUUGAAUAAUCACCUUCAAACUCACACAGCUACAAAUUCUUAUAGCUGUGGUGCCUGUGGACGAUCAUUCACAUAUAAAUAUACUUUGGAUGAACACUUAAAAAUCCAUACAGGGGAAAAACCACAUACCUGCACAUUGUGCAACAAAUCUUUUAGACUUAAAUAUAAUUUGAUAGCCCACAUAAGAAGACACACAGGCGAGAGACUUUACUCCUGCAGCACCUGUGAAAAGAGAUUCAGUCAGAAAGUACAUUUGAAGCGGCACAUUCGUACUCACGCAGCUCCACCAACUUGUGCUUUGGACAAUCACUUAAAAAUCCAUACGCAGGAAAAACGACACACCUGCACAAUGUGCAACAAAUCUUACAGACAUAAAAGUCAUUUGACAGUCCACAUGAGGACACACACAGGUGAGAUGCCUUACUCCUGCAGCACCUGUGGAAAAAGAUUCAGUCAUAAAUCAAAUUUUAAUCGUCACAUUCUUACUCACACAGGUACAAAGCUGUAUGCCUGUGGUACCUGUGGAAGAUCAUUCACAAAUAAAAGGUCUUUAAACUACCACUUAAAGAUCCAUGCAGACAAUAACAGUUAAACUUCCAAAACAUGUGGCAGGUCUCUCAGGUGCUGACUUGAUGGUUCAUGAGAGAAGAACUGACACUGCUGAGAAGCUGUACCUUUGAUAUCUGAGAUCUGCUAGAAAAGAGACUUUGACUCCUCUACUUUUUCAUGACUAGUGUUAGGUCAUGUUACUGUUAAAGUUACUUGUUACUUGUAUUGACGCCCCCGGGGUCCUCACGCCAAUGCCAGUUGUUCCCCACUCUCAACUUUUGCCGUGCAUCUAGAGCCAGGAUCCUGUCACUCACAAUCAGGAAAGUAAAAUGUCAAGACAGCAGCAUGUCUCAAAAAUUAUCAAUGAAAAAUAAAAUAACAACCCCGGCUGUUCUCUACAGUGGAUAAACUAAUGAAUUGAGUUUACAUCCGUAUGAAAUGUGCUGUG